AUGAAGCUUGCGGCGAAUAUUUCAUGGCUUUUCAAAGAGGAGGCGAAUCUGCUGAAGCGAAUUUCCCUGGCGAAAAAAGUUGGCUUCUCGUACUUCGAAGUUGCCUGGCCGUAUGAGUAUCCAGUUGAAGAGUUCAAAAAGGCAGUUGUUGAGUCUGGCCUGAAAUGCGUUUUGAUCAACACAGCGGCUGGAGAUUCCGCCGGUUUGGGCGCCAUUCCGGGCAAAAGUGUCGACUUCUUGAAGACUGUCAAAGAAGCGAUCAAAUACGCUAGUGCUGUCGAAUGUCCGAUGAUUCAUCUCAUGGCUGGGAAAGUUCCGGAAGGCGAGACAAAGGAAUCGUGCAGAGCUCAAUUUGUGGAUAACUUGAAAAUUGCCGCUGAUUUAUUGAAGGACUACGGAAUAGUUGGCACUUUGGAGCCGAUAAAUUCGAAGAUCUCCUUACCAGGCUAUUUCUACUCGACGCCAGAAGAGGCUCUCAGCAUCAUCGAAGAAGUCGGCGCGGAAAACCUCUUUUAUCAUUGCGAUCUUUUUCAUCUCGAAGUUCAAAAAGGAAACGCGCUGGAAAAUGUAAAACAACUUUUCGAAAAAUGCGCUCAUUUCCAAAUCGCUCAAGCACCAGAUCGUCACGAGCCCGUUUCCGAAGAUGGAACGAUCGAUUUCGAUGAGUUCUUUAAUUUUCUCGAAGAAAAAGGCUGGGAGAACUUCGUCGGGCUCGAAUACGCGCCAAAGGGAUCGACUGAAGAAUCGCUCAAAUGGGCGGAAAAUCAUUCCUUGGCGAUAGAAUGCAGGGACAAGAGACCAGAACUGUGCAAUUCAGAGAAUGUCGACUGCAGCUCGAAAGUUACUCGUCUUUUUUGCCCUGAAACUUGCAAGUUGUGCGAACGAGUGAAUCAGCUGUCCUCCCAGCUUGAGAAGGAAAUUGCGAAUGUGCCGUGCCUUGAUUCUGGGAAAUUUUGCGAUGUGAUGCCCUGCACCAGUCCUGCUGCCGGCGCGCUUUGUAGAAAAUCUUGCAAUUUGUGCGGCAGCGCUUUGAAUCCAAUGAAACAGACGAACAUUCAGAAACCAAAUUUCACUCCUUCAAAUUCUGGGUCGCUGAAAUGUGUCGAUACGAACGUAUUCUGCAAUCCGAAUCUUUGCUCUUCUUGGUCGAAGGCUCCAACAGAGUGUCGAAAAACCUGCGAUCCCUCCUGCCAAAAAAUCACAACAACAAAAUUCCCCAAAACUCAAAAACCACGACCAGUUCGAACAACCAGAGCGCCAAGAACGAAGCCAACGAAGCCACCAAAAGCGAAUCCCAACUCGCCAUGCCAGGAUAAUCCGACUUUUGCCACCAUGUGCGGGGGUGGACUCUUGUCGCAGUUGAGUUGUGAUAGCUUGCUGGGGAAAAUGUAUUGCGCCAGAAGUUGUGGCCUUUGCGCGAGUUUUGAUAAAAUGUUUGAAUGUCGAGAUCGGUCGAGUUCGUGCACAUCGCUGCAUUGCUCAAGCGCUCUUCUCAGUUCUCAAUGUCAGAAAACUUGUGGCUCCUGCAUGACCCUCGCGCAAAUAAAUCGACAAAAAGCAUCAAAGAACAAAAAACUCGUCCAAAAACAGAGCUCUCGUUCUGUCUCCCUCGUUGGCGGUUCAAAUGCUCGUAGUGGCUCUCUUCUUGAUGGCAGCAAUCAGAUGAGUUCAGUCAAGAAUUUCUGGUUUAGAAAUUAUGCCAAGCCUGUUACAUCAACAGCUGCGCCGAGAACAACGAGAAGAACAACGACUCGAAGGACGAUGAAGAAGACAACAAAGAGGACAACAACAACUACAACAGCCGCUCCCGAAGAAGACUGCCAGGAUGAUCCCGACUUCGCUAGCCUUUGUCUCAGCGACGAUUUGGACUGUGGAAACAUGAUUACUGCCGCCGUUUGUGUCGAGUCCUGCGGGCUUUGCCCAGAACCUACGACUACUACAACAACCACGACAACGACGACCACGACAUCAACUACCACCACGACAACUACAACUACCACGACGACUACAACGACGACCACGAUCAUUCCUACAUGCUGCGAAAAGAUUCUUAUCGAAGAUUUUCAAUUCCUCUUCGAUGGCGCUUUUUACAAUGGUCAAAUGGUGUACAAAGAUGCUUCAAAAAACUUCUUUCUCUGGCUCCACACCCACGCUGACGGUUGGUACUGGUAUAUUUCCCCUGAAAUCGGAUCCACUUUUGCUGGAAAAUUCGUCGCUCGAAUCGAAAGUCCACAGAUUUGCCCUGACGACGCAAUGAAUUGGUUGAAAUGGAAAAUGCCUCUUUUGAUUCAGGGAAAAUGGAUGCCCGAGGGAAAGAUCGCCUCCUGCAAGCUCGAUCCGACCUGGUCAAUUUGGACAAACUGGUCGAACUGUGUCCACCGCGACUGUAGCAAAACAGAGCUGCGUCGCAGAACGAGGACUUGUGAAAACAGCCCGGAUCUCUCUUGCCCAGGGGAGAAUUUUGAAGAGUCCGAAUGCGAAGAAGAUUGCAAAGCAGUUCGAGCUCUUUGCUGCGAAUCUUUGGAUCUGGAAACGGAAGACGAUCGAUUCAGCGGUCGAUUUGAAAUGGAGUUUUUCAUGCUUGGGAAGCCAGUUUACAGACAUGUUCAAUCCGUCGACACCUUUUUGUACAAUAAUGGCUCGCACUGGAAUCUCGGAAAAGGGCUUCUUCAUGGGAUGGUGAGUAUGAGCUCGAUUGACGGAGAAAUCUUCUGUCCGAGUGAGGUGGAAAACUGGACGAGAAAGAGUCAGCUUUCUUGCUCCAAUUUCAAAGAAGAUCCGGAUCAGGGAGAAUGCUGCGGGAGGGUUUUUGCUAUGUUUCAGAAAACGGGAAGAGAUUACCAGCUGAAAACAUUCAAAAACAAGAAAUUCUACGAAUCAACUAUGAAUGGAGAAUAUGCAAUUUGGUCAAAAAGUCUUUUCUCGUGGCUGAUAGUGGACGACAUUGAAAAAUUCAAGAACAACAAGGGCUAUCAACCUGACGAGGUAAAAUUUCGAAUCAUCGGAAGAUCAGACGGCUGUCUCGCUCCGAAAACAACGAAAUCCAAGCGAGAAGUGAUUCUCAAUGAUGAAGAGGGAAAUGGAAAGUGGAGGACGCUCUCAAGCAUAGGACUGUGGGAAGAGAUGGACGAGCAACCUAUUUUUCAAUGCCUAAAUCUGUAA